CAAGUUGUGCCCAGAAGCCUGGGGAGGAUUUGGUUGAUUGGAGUGAGAAGGUUCUUCUGGGCCGGGUAAGAAACGUCAGGAGCGGUGGCGGAGGUGUGUUCAGGAUGGGAGGGGCAGCUUGGUGUGGUCGAAGGAGCGGGUAGCCCCCCCAGCAAGCAGGGAAGGAUCAAAGCCCUUAAGUGCACCUGGCACUUUACAGUGUGUAAAGCGCUGUCAUCUUUGCCUCGGAUAAGCUAUCCAGCAUGAACGCACUUCAUAUGUUGGUAAGUUCAGCGAUGUGAGAGAUGGCCUUCAAUAUCCUGAGGAGUUUGGCAGAGCACCUGGCGUCUUUUCCAUUUUACAGAUGGGAAAACCGAGGCCCAGAAAGACAGUUUCUUAAUGAGAGGUCACAAAGCAAGCUGCUGGCAGAGGCAGGACUAGAAUCUAUGUCUUUUGAUGCUCAGGGCAGCAAGCGGCUCCAGUCUGGUGACCAAGAGCUAUGGGCAUCGGCACUGACGAGAAGUGCCUCAUUGAGAUCUUGGCUUCUCGGACCAAUGAGCAGAUCCACCAGCUGGUGGCAGCAUACAAAGAUGCCUACGAGCGAGACCUGGAGGCUGACAUCAUUGGCGACACCUCUGGCCACUUCCAGAAGAUGCUCGUGGUCCUGCUCCAGGGAACCAGGGAGGCAGACGAUGUGGUGAGCGAGGAUUUGGUGCAGCAGGAUGUCCAGGACCUGUACGAGGCAGGGGAACUGAAAUGGGGAACAGAUGAAGCCCAGUUCAUUUACAUUUUGGGAAAUCGCAGCAAGCAGCAUCUUCGUUUGGUGUUUGAUGAGUAUCUAAAGACCACGGGGAAGCCGAUUGAAGCCAGCAUCCGAGGGGAGCUGUCCGGGGACUUUGAGAAGCUGAUGCUGGCUGUGGUGAAGUGUAUCCGGAGCACCCCAGAGUAUUUUGCUGAAAGGCUAUUCAAGGCCAUGAAGGGCCUGGGGACCCGGGACAACACCCUGAUCCGCAUCAUGGUCUCCCGUAGUGAGCUAGACAUGCUGGACAUUCGGGAGAUAUUCCGGACCAAGUACGAAAAGUCCCUGUAUAGCAUGAUCAAGAACGAUACCUCUGGCGAGUACAAGAGGGCUCUGCUGAAGCUAUGUGGGGGUGACGAUGAUGCUGCUGGCCAGUUCUUCCCGGAGGCAGCGCAGGUGGCCUAUCAGAUGUGGGAGCUUAGUGCAGUGGCCCGAGUAGAGCUGAAGGGAACUGUGCGUCCAGCUGAUAACUUCAACCCUGAUGCAGAUGCCAAAGCGCUGCGGAAGGCCAUGAAGGGACUUGGAACUGAUGAGGACACCAUCAUCGACAUCAUCACUCACCGAAGCAACGCCCAGCGGCAGCAGAUCCGCCAGACCUUCAAGUCACACUUUGGCCGGGACUUGAUGGCUGACCUGAAGUCGGAGAUCUCUGGAGACCUGGCGAGGCUGAUUCUGGGGCUCAUGAUGCCACCGGCCCAUUACGAUGCCAAGCAGUUGAAGAAGGCCAUGGAGGGAGCUGGCACAGAUGAAAAGGCUCUCAUCGAAAUCCUCGCUACUCGGACCAAUGCGGAAAUCCGGGCCAUCUGUGAGGCCUAUAAGGAAGACUAUCACAAGUCCCUUGAGGAUGCUCUGAGCUCAGAUACGUCUGGACACUUCAAGAGGAUCCUCAUCUCUCUGGCCACGGGGAACCGUGAGGAGGGAGGAGAAGACCGGGACCAGGCCCGGGAAGAUGCCCAGGUGGCUGCUGAGAUCUUGGAAAUAGCAGACACACCCAGUGGAGACAAAACUUCCCUGGAGACACGUUUCAUGACGAUCCUGUGCACACGUAGCUAUCAGCAUCUCCGGAGAGUCUUCCAGGAGUUUGUCAAGAUGACCAACUACGACGUGGAGCACACCAUCAAGAAGGAGAUGUCAGGGGAUGUCAGGGACGUGUUUGUGGCCAUUGUUCAAAGUGUCAAGAACAAGCCUCUCUUCUUUGCCGACAAACUGUACAAAUCCAUGAAGGGUGCUGGCACAGAUGAGAAGACCCUCACCAGGAUCAUGAUCUCCCGGAGUGAGGUUGACCUGCUCAACAUCCGGCGGGAGUUCAUCGAGAAAUACGACAAGUCUCUCCACCAAGCUAUUGAAGGUGACACCUCUGGAGACUUCCUGAAGGCCCUGCUGGCUAUCUGUGGAGGCGAGGACUAGGGCGACCAGCUUUGGCCGGCACCUGUGCCGAGAAAUGGUCAGCAGCACCAGCCGCCAUGACCGAGCCUAACUGCUCCAGCUCCAGAGACUAAGGAAGGGACAGGGGUGGGGGGAGGGGGUCAAGGGUGGGCUUUUGUCUUCAGCUGGGGUUUAGGAAAGGCUCCCACUCCCACAGGCCACUGAAGGCCCAGCACGGUCACUUCUGCUCACAUGUGAGCAACUGAAGAGCCGUAGCCACAAAUCCCGUCCACCUCCACUCCCCAUCUUCCUCUUCAGCCCUUCCCAGCUUCCAUCCUUUACGGCAGCCCUUGCCCUGCUUUGGGCUUUGUCAAAUCCAAAAACAUACUGAGCCUGUGUCUGUGAAA